GAACAAAGUAACCACUUCAAGAUGGACGGAAUACUUGUUAGGUUAAUUUUGGGCGUUUUCAUAUUUCAACAUAUAAACUGUAGUGAAUAUGAAUUUAUAUCAUAUCAAUAUGAAAACAGAACAGAUCCAGCGACUCGGCAGUUAUAUGAGUUUAGAAAACAUCAUCCGAAACCAAUUGGCCUUAUGACCACUAGUUUUGGACGGCCAGUAGAAAUAAGAGACACCAAUGCUUUGAACACUGAUAUAUUUUCCAAUGCCUAUUUAACUGACUCUGCCAUCCACAUGAAUGAUGAAAGAAUACCAGAAAGAAUAGUACAUGCAAAAGGUAUAGCGGCUUUUGGCUACUUUGAAGUUACUAACGAUGUAUCUAAGUAUACCAAGGCUGAUGUUUUCAACGGUAUAGGAAAGAAAACUUCGAUCACUGGAAGAUUUUCUACCGGAGCUCAAUUUAAAGGAGGAAGUGAUUUGGCCAGAGAAACCAAAGCUCUGGCAGUAAAGUUUUACACCAAAGAAGGAAAUUUAGACUUCCUUUGUUUAAAUCAACCUAUAUAUUUCUAUAAAGAUCCAAUACUAUUCCAGCAUUUAGGUCAUGUUGUAAAGCCAAAUCCAAAAACAUUUCUAUUUGAUCGCACAGCAGAAGUAGAUCUUAUGACUCUUCGACCAGAGUUGCUGCCUGCGUAUUUAUACACAUUUUCUGAUUACGGACUUCCUAAUGGCUAUCGGAAAAUGGAUGUUUUUCCAAUACAUACGUACGAAAUACAUAAUAAACACGGUGACAGAUAUUUCGUUAAAUUUAAUUUAAGAACUGAGCAAGGCGUAGAAGUAUUAACAACCGAAGAAGCAAUUGCUGUUAGUGCUCGAGACCCGGAUUAUUUUAUUAGAGAUUUAUAUAAUUCUAUUGAAGAAAAGAAAUACCCUUCAUGGAAGUUAGAAAUGGAUGUGAUAUCAUUCAAAGAUUUACCCAAAGUUCCUUAUAAUAUAUUCCAAGUGAAUAGAUUUUGGAGAAAGGGUACUUAUCAUACAGUGCAGAUUGGGCGGCUGGUAUUUAAUAGGAACCCUGAUAACAUAUUCCGUAUCGCUGAACAAGCUGCAUUUAACCCUGGAAAUUUAGUUCCAGGAAUUCCAGGGCCGGUAGAUUACAUAUUCAAAAGUCGUAGAUUCGUGUACCCUGAUGCUCAGAAAUAUCGUUUAGGCGUUAACCAUAACAAGAUAGAAGUAAAUUGUCCUUUAUACAGUAAAAAUUAUAAUCGUGAUGGUGUUUCUCCUGUAAAAGAUAAUAUGAGAGAUGUACCUAAUUAUUAUCCUGAUUCAUUCAGCGGACCAAUAUCAUACGUAGAUGCAUCGAGACCGAGGGAAAAAAUUGUCGUAUAUGAAAGCAAUGCUAUUGAUUUGGCAGAAGCGGCAUACGUUUAUAAUGAAAUUCUUCGUAAUGACACACAACGAGAGAGACUCGCUGCAAACGCGGCUGCGGAAGUUUUACCCGCGCCACCUUUUCUGCAGAAAAGGUUCAUUGAACUUUUAUAUUUGACUGAUAAAGAUUUAGGUGAUCGAGUUCAUAUUGCACUCAAAAGAGCGUUGAAGGCUCAUCCCCCUCCUCCGCCUAACGGAUUGACAAUUGAAAGAGAAGUAUGUUCGAAUACCCAGAACGAAUACAUUGGAAAAGAUGAUUUUUAUAAAAGAAAAUAGAAAUAAAAAUUGUAUUAUCGUAAUAACUGUAAUUCUUCACUUUUUCAAAACGACCUUUAAAAUCUAAAUAUGACACAAUGUAAUAUACACAAUUAUUUACUGGAAUCAAAAAAUUAAACAAUGCAUAAAUGCAUUUAAUCAAUACAAUUCUUCCUGUUAAAUAAUCCUGUGUUAAUUAUUGAAUUUUAAUGAAAAACGUUAUUAAAUAAUGCUAUU